AUGACAAUAUCUGGAAACUGGAAUGCUUCGAUGCUUCACGAGCAGAGUCAAGACGCAGACGCCAACGAGUCCGCUUUCGACGAACUCUCUGGACAACCAUCACAAGCCUCUGGUCAAGAUGCUGCACCUGAACUAUCGCUUGCUGCACAAACUCAACGCGCUUUUGCGAACUGGGAUCCUUCUUAUGGAGAUGAGACUGUCAACUUCUAUGAUGAGUACAUCCACCGUCAUGCUCCCAUCAAUAUUGGUUGGCUUUCUAUGCCAGGAGAUGAGUUCUUGGAAGCUACUGGACUUGGUCUGAUUCAGGGUUCUGACAGCAACCCACAACAUCUUGCGGCAUCCUUGAACGAUGGCAGUGUCUGUAUAUGGGACGUUCGACCAAGGUAUACCGACUCAGAUUACCCGCAAGGACACAUUGUGGGCAAAAGCUCCCCAGGCUUGCUUCUAGGUGGCUCUCAUAUGAGUCAAUCUCGCGAGGAGAUCAAAGCAAUUAUGACAGAAACAGGCGCAGUCGAGUCUGUGAGCAUUGACAAUGAUCGAGGAAGAGGCUACUUCGCUCAAAAUAAUACGCUCCUUGAGGUAGAUCUUGCCACGCUUCAGGUCGUCUCACAGGAAACUUUUCCCUUCCCUAUCGCUGCUCUGUCACAAUCUCGAAAUUCAGGUCUCGUCGUAGGCACCAACUGGACCAUUCACAUCCACGAUCCUCGCAACAAGUCAAGGUCAGCCGUGAAUCCUUCUUUACAAUGCGAGAUCAUUGGUGGCCCUUCAUCAAGUCAUGCUCUUCUCUCACAGCCCGGGCCUUUAUCGAUUCUAGAUCGAGUGCAGGAUGAAUCCAUCUGGAUUGCUGGCAGAUUUACCCAUCUGCUGAACUAUGAUCGUCGCUUCUUUCCCAAGGUACGCGGCACAGUGCACUCCGGAGGACGCAUUUCAUGUAUCACAGAGACGCCUCGACCGUAUGUUCCUCGUUCUUUGGACUUGCUUCAAGAUCCCACGAUAUCAAUCUUAGAUCUGUAUGCUGCAAAGACUGCGCCUGGGUCGACCAUCUUGGCUGCAGGCGAAUACAAAGGAAAAGGCAGUCUCGAGUUCUACGGACUAGUGCCUUCGAAUUCAGGAUCAGUUGUUACAGAAAGCUAUAGAAACCGGCAGACAGCAGCAUCCACUCGGUUACUGUCGGUAGCAGCACACGGACACUCUACAGUAUUCAGUGAUGGUGAUGGUAACCUGAAAUGGGUUGAACGAGAUGGUAUGACAACGAUUCGAACCUAUAACAUCAAUGAGGCUGGUGAUUCACCCUCAUUCAACCAAGCACAAAGUGCAGCUCAAGGGCCAGAAGACGAGCCAUCCCAAGGAGACAUUGUGCAGAAGAUCAUACCUCUUCAGCCUCCAACAAGCUCGUGGUCAAGCAAGAGACCAGAUGUGAAUCAAUCAGACUUGAUACUCAAGACAGGCGACGGUCGAGUAGGAGUGUUAGGAUUCGGCCACAAAACACUUUAUGCCAGAGAAGAAGAGGAAGCUAUAGUUGAAACUACUGAGGAGAGGGUCAGAAGGGAUGCUGAGAAGCAGUACCGAGAGACGCUAGGACGAGCACUACAGAGCCAGGCUGACGAAGUGAGAUUCAUGAGAGGUUUGGGUAUGGCAUUUGGAAUGAGUUAG